AUGCAUGCUUCGCUCCAUGGGGCCGACACCUUGAGUGAUGGUACUACAACCCUGGUCUUGCGAAGCACCUUCUCGAAGAUGACCUACCCGGAGCUCAUGACCAUGCUCAAUGUCACUACAGCAGCCCUCGGCUUCCAGGCUCCAAGGUAUGACUUUGUCUACCUGCCAUGGGCCAAGUUGGCUUUUGUGAACUUCGAAGAUCCCGCGAGCUGCAAAGCUUACUUCACCGUCUUCCGGAACGUCUGCAACCUCGGCGCGGAGCAUCCUGGCAUCUCGGCGGUUGCAGAAGCCUUCGUUCAAGGACUUGCUCGAAACUUGGCCUUCUUUCUUGCAAAAUGCGGCUGGAAGGCCGUCAGCGACCCGAGGGCGCCCUGCGUCUUCAGCGGAGGAGUCCCGGUUUCUUUGGCAGAGGCCAUCCGAAGCCACGUGAGCCAGGAGGUCUUGCUCGACGAGGAGCAGCGAGCCCGUGCGUCCCGCGCUGCAGGGAGACCAACCAACCCAGGUCUUGCGGAAGCAGGUUCCCGCGAAGAGCCAAGGCCAGGCCAGGGCGGCAGGGGUUCCGGCGAUUCGAGCGGAAAAGGUGCCAAAGGCAGAGGAAGGAAGGGCGCCAGAGGUGCUCAGACUGAUCGAGGCAAGGGCGGCAAGGGUACUGCGGGCAGAAGCCGCGGCCCUGAACCCGAGCGAGUUGUGUUUCAGCUUUAG